CCGUUAAAGCUACAAGAGUCAUUCAUAAUGGCUGGUAAGUUUCGUGGUGAUGUUGGGAAGCUGAGUAAACCAAAGAAGAAUAGGGCUUCACUAAAGGUUAAAAGGAGUAAGGUGACCUCCCUGAUAAAACGUAGCCCUAAGCUUCCAGAAGAUGCCUUGCAAAACCGCCUAAAUGAGCUUAUAAAUGGUUCAGAGGGAAUUAAACCUUCCAAAGCCGCAGAACCACAAGGAGGGGUACAGAAGAAACCUGUCGGCAAAGCUGCAAUCGAGAUUGUUGGCAAAACGAGGGAAAAGUUCGUGCCGGAGCAAACGGUGGCACCGCAACGUACCACGGCCGAGGCGAUCGGCCUCAAAAUUCUGCACCGCGCCGUCAAAAGCCAAGGGCAUAACCGCCUCCUGCCGCAUCAAAAUCGCCACGAUUACGAAUAUCAACUGCGCACGGUUGCUACGAUGGGCGUAGUGCGGCUGUUCAACUCCCUCGCACAGGCGCGCCGCGCGAGCUCCGCGGUCGAUGUGGAUUUCAAAACCCUAACCGCGGAUAAGGUCAAUGAAAAGAAGCAAAACGUUUCCAAGGAAACCUUUCUUGCCACCCUUCGUCAGUAA